GAUUUAAAUUAAACCCCAAUAAACAUUUUUAACGCCACACGUUUUCAAAAUGAACGUACUGAUUUUAUUCCAUUAUGGCAUAGGACUUCACGAAGGAUUGUUUUAUUUUAGGCUUAAACGGAGUGAGAUUAUGCAUAAUAAUAUAACCUAGUAUUGGUGUCAAAGAACUGAUGAUUUCAUAAAGAUUGUUUUAAAGUGCAAAACCUGGAAAAUAGUCCUUUGUUUUCUUGUCCAAUUGAGGAUAAAAUGUGAUUUUUGAAGAAUGUCUGUACUAAAAGUUGUCAAAAGGAAUACUCGUAAGCAGGGUUCUCUUCCUUGUAAUUUAGCAAAUGAGAUCCCUGUAAGUCCUCAUUUAGCUACCACCAAUCUUACCUCCAUCAAUAAUGAAUCUGUUAAAGGUUCUAAAAGUCUCUAUAAAGAUAAUGAGGAAUCCCAACUUCUUACUCCAGAAUCUAAUUAUUCUAAAAGGACUCGAAGGAAAACACUAAAUACUAGAUGUGACUUAGUUGAUCAGGUAAAUGAGGACCAGUUGGAUAUUUGUAGCUCUAAAUUUUCACGGAAAUCUCUUGGUAAAGUUCAAACUAGUAAAAACAGAAUUCCAGCAACUAGAGCAAGAAAAAUACCUGUUGAGACCUGUGAUGAAAAACAGUUACAGCCGAAUGAUAAGGACUUUAAAGUUCCAAUAAGAAGUGAGGAAAGUGAUGCUAGAACUUCUGAAGUAAGGUCAUCAGACCAAGAUUUGAAAUCGGAAAGUUCAUCUUUGGAAACUGGAGAAAGUGUGAAUAACUCAGCACUUAUUAAAUCCUCAAGGAACAAAACAGACCAAAAUUUCCAAUCAAUUGCAUUGACUCCUCCUAAUAGGUCUAUUAGCAUAAAUAGCACACCAGUUGUUAACGAACAGCCCACAAAAAUAAGUGCAAGUUCAUGUGUAACCUUCAGUCCUUUGACAGUUGACCAAGAACAGUCUACGUGUAGUCAGAAUCAAAACAUUAAUCAGCAAGUAACUGACAUAAUUUCAGUAUUAGAGGGUGAGGAUCAAGAAAAUCUGAAACUAGGAGAAAGAAGUAUGGAACAAAAAAAUCACAAACACCUAAAUGAAAUUUUAAAAGGUGUAGUUGCUUGUGUGGAAGUUCGAUCAGGAAGAGAAGAUCGAUCCAAGGCUAUAGAACAACAGCUUCAGUUAAUGGGGGCCAAAGUUGUCCCUCGACUUAGUCGUGAUGUUACCCACCUGGUGUUUAAAGAAGGAAGAGUAGCUACGCGUCUGAAAGCACUAGCAAAGGGAAUACAUAUAGUGUCUGUUCUAUGGGUAGACAGUUGUAAACAGGAAAGGGUUCACACUUCGGAACAUCUGUAUCCUGCUCAUGUACCUGAGUCGUACAACUCUCCAGUGGCUACUAAGUUAAGAAAACCUCCUUACAUGCAACCCAAAGAUUUCAGCACAGAAUUUGAAGGUAGUGCUGAACGACUCAAACAGAUAUUCAACCGUGUAAGGAAAAAUCAACAGUCUGAAAAUAAACAAACUGAAAUUGGAACUGAUAUUUUAGUUGCAAAAACUCCUUCACCCAUUUCAUUGGAGUCGACUGUGCAAGUUGAAUCAGAUUGUACUUCUGUUAUAACAUCAAACAAAACCAAUGUGCCAUUUAAUCAAAAAUUGCAUGAAGAAACUACUUUUCAUGUCAAGACACUAACACCUAAAACUGGAAAAAAACUUACUGCUCAUGCUUCACAGUCCAAUGCAGCAACUCAAAGGAAGAGGAAACUUUUCUCAUGCACAAAAACAAAUAAUCAAAAUGAUGUUGUUGAAGCUAUUACCCCAGAUACAUACACAGAUAUCAAGACUAUGGAAAAUCAUACAAAUGAAAAAACUUAUUCCAGAAAACUGACCACUGCGAAAGCUAAAAAUACACAAACCUUGAGAAAAGAAAGCCAAGGUCAAAACAUAAAAAAGAACCACAAUGCUUUUGAUAUUUUAAAAAGCAGUAGUUCUGAUUCAGAUGUUAAUAAAAUGACUGGUGUAAAUACUAAAAGGCGACGAGUGAAUAAGCUAUCUUUGGACAUUUUAACGACUGACUCCAGUUUUUCAUCUGAAAAAUCAGUUCCUUCUUGUUUGAAAAAUAACUGUUCUGAAGAAGCAUCUUUAGCAUCUUCACGACCCAGUCUUGAGGACUUCAAAGUUAAGAAAACUGGACAAAAGAAAAGAAGAAAAAAAAACAGAAAUUUAAAAAGAAAUGAAGAUCACAUUCACAUUUCUCCAUCUUCAGAUACUUCCCUACUUACAAGCAAAACAACAGAUCUUGUGAACAGAACUCUUGUGAUGACAAGUGUCAAACUGAGUGACCAAGAAGCCAUUUAUGCCAUUGCCACGAAGUUGGGAGGGUUUGUAAUUCGGAGCAAUGUCGGAGAAGACACCACUCACAUCAUAUGUGGAGAAUCUCGACGUACCAUUAAUAUAUUGUUUGGCUUAGCACAAGGCUGUUGGAUCUUGUCUCCGCAGUGGGUAUUUAAAUCACUGGAAGCAGGAAGAUGGUUAGAAGAAGAACCUUUUGAAUUGAGUGAUUACUUCCCUGCAGUUCAGAUCAGCCGACUUGAAAGAGCUGCAACAGGACCAGGUUAUAGACAAGACCUCUUUGGCAGUUUAGGUUUCAUUUACAUAUCUCCUUACAGCUCUCCACCUAAAGAAAAAUUGGUUCAGUUAGUAAACCUGGUUGGAGGCACAAUAACUCCCAGUUAUAGACAUUGUCAGUUUGCAGUGGGUCCUCUCAAGCAUGUAUGCCGAGAAAGUAAUUCUGCUGUGAAGGAAGUUUCUGAAAAAUGGAUCUUGGAUUGUAUAACACAGCAUGAAGUCCUUUCUUUAGAAGAGCCAUCUUGAGAAUCAUUUUUCACUGGAUAGUUUAUGGCAAUGAAUUCUGAGUAUUUCUCACAAGAGUUUAUGGUUUUUACUCAGCUUAUGAAUGGUACAGAUAACUAAGACUGACAACAACUUAACUAUUAAAUUGUGUCUUCAGUUGAAGAAUGAUAUUACCAUGAUAGCUCAUUGUUGAACAAAUUUUUUUCUUAAGUUAUGUAACCUUUUGAAAAUACAUAAUUUGUAAAUCUUUAAAGCAUUCUUUUUUAUAUUUCAUACUGACCAGGAGUCAAAAAGUUUAUUGUUAUCUUACUGUUUACAAUAAAGAAUGGGGUUUAAUUAACCAAAAAUUAGCAGAACAGUACGAUAAUGAAUGGAAUGAUUUUUUUUUUUCAGUUGUCAUGGGUUAAAAUCUUUGAAAUAAAA